GGCAGAAUGUAGCAUGCUCACUUCUGUUGACGUUUAUAUCUGUGGGCACAACGAACUACGGGAUUUAGUUUUUAUAUUUAACUUAAAGGCUUAUAUUUAGGUUGUUUGCAACAUGGGAAAGCCGAAAAAGAAGAGUGACCUCAGCCGUGCAGAGCUGAUGAUGAUGACUAUUGCAGAUGUCAUCAACCAGCUGGUUGAAGCCCAUGAGCAGGGAAAAGAUAUUAACCUUAACAAAGUCAAGACAAAAACAUCAGCCAAGUACGGCCUCUCUGCACAGCCUCGGCUGGUGGACAUCAUAGCUGCAGUGCCAUCUCACUAUAGACGUGCCUUGGUGCCCAAACUAAAAGCCAAACCUAUCCGCACUGCCAGUGGGAUUGCAGUUGUUGCUGUGAUGUGUAAACCCCAUCGGUGUCCACACAUCAGUUUCACCGGCAACAUCUGUGUAUACUGCCCAGGGGGACCAGACUCCGAUUUCGAAUAUUCAACACAGUCUUACACUGGAUAUGAGCCCACGUCGAUGAGAGCCAUCCGUGCACGCUACGAUCCCUACCUCCAGACUAGACACAGGGUAGAACAACUCAAACAGCUUGGUCACAGCGUGGAUAAAGUGGAGUUCAUUGUGAUGGGAGGCACAUUCAUGGCUCUGCCUGAGGAAUACAGGGACUAUUUCAUCCGUAACCUCCACGACGCACUGUCAGGACACUCGUCCAACAAUGUCGCGGAGGCAGUCAGAUACUCUGAACGCAGUAACACCAAAUGUGUCGGCAUCACAAUCGAGACGAGACCUGACUACUGCCUGAAGAGACACUUGAGUGAUAUGCUGGCAUACGGUUGCACAAGACUGGAGAUCGGUGUGCAGAGCGUGUAUGAAGAUAUUGCCCGCGAUACCAACAGGGGACACACAGUGCGGGCUGUGUGUGAGUCUUUCCACCUGGCUAAAGAUGCUGGUUUUAAAGUCGUAGCUCAUAUGAUGCCGGACUUGCCAAAUGUUGGCAUGGAAAGAGACGUGGAGCAAUUUAUAGAAUUUUUUGAGAAUCCAGCAUUCAGGCCAGAUGGGCUCAAACUUUACCCGACAUUGGUGAUUCGAGGCACCGGACUUUAUGAGCUGUGGAAAACAGGGCGAUAUAAGAGUUACUCCCCCAGUGCUUUGGUCGACCUGGUAGCACGGAUUCUAGCGCUGGUCCCACCUUGGACACGUGUGUACCGCGUGCAAAGGGAUAUCCCCAUGCCAUUGGUAAGCUCUGGCGUGGAACAUGGAAAUCUAAGGGAGCUGGCACUGGCUAGAAUGAAAGACAUGGGGACUGAGUGCAGAGAUGUAAGAACCAGAGAAGUGGGCAUACAAGAAAUCCAUCACAAACUUCGACCAUACCAGGUCGAGCUGAUCCGCAGAGACUAUGUGGCUAAUGGAGGCUGGGAGACCUUCUUGUCUUAUGAGGACCCGGAGCAGGACAUUCUAAUUGGUCUCCUGCGUCUCCGCCGGUGCUCACCACAGUCCUUCCGGCCGGAGUUGAAGGGCGGCGUAUCCAUCGUCCGAGAGCUCCAUGUGUACGGAAGUGUGGUCCCCGUCAGCAGCCGAGACCCUAGCAAGUUUCAGCAUCAGGGUUUCGGGAUGAUGUUGAUGGAGGAGGCGGAGAGAAUAUCAAGGGACGAGCACGGCUCAGGCAAACUGGCUGUUAUCUCAGGUGUUGGUACCAGGAACUACUAUAGGAAAAUGGGUUAUGAACUUGAAGGACCGUAUAUGGUGAAAAACCUUUAUUGAAAGCUUGAACCUGCACUUCAUCUGAGGGAAGCAAAACCAAAACACCAAAUUCUCCCUGUUAAUCAUCUUUAAAGACUUUUAGGGGAACUUCUCAUCAAAUCCAAAAUACUUGCCUGUGUAUUUACAUUUCUAGCACUCAAUUUCUUUACAUCAGUUUCUAAUGACAACAGUGGCUAGAAUGGAGAAAAAAAUGCAAAAAUUGCACAGUUUUUAAUGUGGAUAUAGGAGAGAGAAAUCAUUUAUGAAACUAGCUUGGUACUUUCGAUUCGUUCACAAUUCUGCUCAUUUUAAAGAUGGAUUGAUUGCAAUUUCAUGUUUUUGUUUCGGCAUUGCAUAAAAAAUAUUCUUUGGCCUUUUUUAUGUUAAUAAAUAUAUUUAUCUGGGA